AUGGGAGAUUCAAAAUUAGACUCCCUUUACAAUGAAGUACCAUAUUUAAUCAACCACUCAGGAAUUCCAGGUGGCAGCGUCAACACAUCGCGCACGACCAUUUGCGACAGCCUAGAAAACGGAGGCUAUGACACCCAGAACGACGUAACCAACGACAGCCAUGACGGUCUAGUCGCCGAAGUUCCCAUGUUUGGCAUGAACUAUAAGACCCAAAUCGAUUUCAAGGAUCCCUACGGACCCAACUGCAUCAACGGCUACAACACGGAAUACGAGAGCAGCGUCGCAGACUACCAGUUAAACGCGGCGGUCAACUACUACUCGAGCGGCUUAAACGACUAUAAGAACCACGGAUUGACUGACACAUCAAACGACGCUGGCGACGACAAAUUGAACUACAGCUCGAACGGAGACGUUCAGCAUGACCACGGCAGCGAGUACAACAUACAUGACAGCACGUACGUUAAAAACGACGAUUACGCGACCUCUGACAUCAAAUACAACUAUGACACCUACAGAGCCGGUUUCAAAGGAUACGACCCCGCGUCCUUUUACGGCAACCCUCAAAACCUGAAGUACCAACUAUACAACUUGUCGCAGUUCCCCAACCCUGAAGUCCCCGUUGAGAAGAGCACAACCGAUAAGUCUUACAACUUGAUGAACAGCAGUUACAACACAAGCGUGGGCCUAGCUCAGAACAACUUUAACCAGAAUCAGACCCAGAACCAGGUGAUUGGAGGCUACAACAACUUCGACGAAAACCUGUACAGCUACUCGAAUUUGAACGACUCGAACUCAAUUUCCGGCGUGAAGUACCAGAGGACAGACAACCGGUGGAUCGCAAGGUGGACCACUGCUGAGGGCAAGCGUGCCUGCAAGAGCUUCUCCGUGAACAUAUACGGGUUCAACCAGGCGAAAAUGCUCGCCAUUCAGGCCAGGCAGAAGGGCGUGGCCCUCUCAGGGCGCUCCUUCUGCAACCGCGAAAGGCAGCACGCCAUGAAGAGCGGCGUCGGCAUCAUCGGAAUCAGGUUCGACAAAACGCAGGCUCGCUGGGUCUCCUCCUACUACGAGGGCGGCAAGAGAAAGUUCCGCUACUUCACCGUCAAGGACUACGGCUACGAGCAGGCCAAGCGCAACGCCAUAAUUUGGAAGAGCUGCAACGACGAGCGGCUGGUGAAGAGGGUCAAGGAGGGCUACGGCCUCAACUACGGAGUCCCAGACAAGUUUCACCCGAACAUGGUCUACCAGGGCAACUACAACGUCAACGACGACAACUACAACCCAGAAGACAACCGCACCGUGGAGCCUUACAUGCCAAGCAACUACGUGGACGGCUACAACGCCUUCAACCCCGACUACUCCAAUGCAGCCUACGCAAGCCUGUCCAGACAGCAGAUCCCUGAAAACUACAAGAGCGAAAAUGCCCACGCCGGCUUCGUCAACCCUAGCCUUCGGGGCAACUACAGUCAGGAGUAUGAUCCGAAGGGCUCAAUGGAGUUCCACAUGAACUACAGCUAUCCCAACACGACCAGCAGCGCCUACAAGGAGUCCGAGGCCGUGACCAAGUUCGAGGACACCCAGGGCGGGGACAUGGGUUCUUCCAACGAGUUCGACGCCAAGAUGUGGAGCGGCGAGAUGCUCCAGUGCUACAACCAGGGCAGCGGCGAGAUGAUGAAGCGCUACGCCAAGGACAACUUGGCGGAGUACGGGGCCGCGACUCGGCGUGAAAUCGACGACAUGACCACCACCACCAUCGGCUCCGACAACCACGAGUUGAAGAGCAACGACUCCAUGGAGUACGACGAUGACAUCGACGACAAGCGUCGAGGAAUUGAGUGUUAG